AGUAGGUAUUUAGUUAUUUAAGUGAUGAUGGUGUUCCAGUUAAAGUGCGAAGAAAAAAUAAUAAUAGGUUAAUAAAUAAUAUUUAACAUAACAUAUUUUCAAGAGAACCGUUUAUUUUUAGACAAUAAAAAAAGUAUUAUCACGAGUCGUAAUGAAUUUGAUGAGUAUUAAUAUUGGAAGUAUUGGAAAUACUAAAAGAACUAAUCUUUUGUUUAAUUUCAACAAUCUGUAAUUUCCAAAUAGAAAGUGGAAACUGUGUCAACUGUGGAUGUGGUAAAUGGAGGAUUUCGAUCAAAAGUCAAGGUUUAUUUCACAUGACUGAUUUAUGGAAUAUAUACACACCCAUACAUAUAUAUAUAUAUACCCAUGUUUGCUUCUUUCAAAAGCAGUUUGGAAUGGUCCUGCGUAGAGGCAACAAAAUUAAAAAUUUCAACUUUUUCUUACCAAUUUUAAUAAGUGCGUGUGCUAUUCCAACAUCAAUGAUGUUUUGGUCGAUAAAUGUUCUCUAUUCAACUCUAUCAUCGGAUACUGACAAUUAUAAUAAUGAAGAAUUCUCGCAAAUGAUUCCACCAUGGAGAUGGUUGGCUGCUGUUAUAAUUCCAUUGUUAUUCAUGUUUUGGGGAUUAAGAAAAAAGAGUAUGAAUUUAAAUGGAGCUCUUGCUGGAAUGGUGGUAGGUUUUAUAUUGACGCUGACCAACUUAUGUCAUUUAAUAUCUUUAGCGACGUUUUUUGUUACUGGAUCUAAGGCAACUAAAUUUCGUUCGAAUAUAAAAAAGAAUCAAGAAAGAGAUUUUAAGGAAGGUGGACAGAGGUCAUGGGCUCAUGUAGUUUGUAACGCAGGAGUGGCUACUCAUUUAGCUUUGUUGUAUCUUUUGGAUGUGGGAUGCGGAGAACGUCCUAUUGAUUUUGAUAAAUAUUAUAGAAGUUCAUGGUUAUCUAUAGGAAUAUUAGCAUCAUUUGCUUGUUGUAACGGAGAUACGUGGGCAUCGGAAUUUGGUACGGUAAUUGGUACCGGUGAUCCAUUUUUAAUUACAACAAGAAAACGAGUACCUCGUGGAACAAAUGGGGGAGUAUCGUGGUUUGGUUUGUUGUUUUCUACUCUUGGUGGACUAAUCGUAGGCUUGACCUCUUAUCUCACUAUAUUAUACACAGUUGAUACAGUUGCACUUGAAUCAGCAGCACCACAAUGGCCUGUUAUUGUCAUAUGUGGAAUGGCAGGACUGAUCGGUAGUUUAAUAGAUUCUAUAUUAGGAGCAACGUUACAAUAUACAGGAAUAGACGAAGAAGGAUUUAUAGUUGCAAAGCCAGGGAAAGGAGUUAAACAUAUCAGUGGUAAACAAUUAUUGGAUAAUCAUUGCGUUAAUCUUGUGUCGACUAUUAUCAUAGCUCUCACCUUACCCAAAGUAGCUAAUUUAAUUUGGCCGUGAGAUGAUUGAGCCACUUAGAAAUGUGUUCCUUUUAUGCUAUAGUAAUAGCUUAUGUGAUUAUAUUAUAUUUAAAUAUAAUAUACUGAACUUAGAAAAUAAUAAUAUUUUUAAAUAGCUUUACUCUUAUUAAAUAAUUUGUAACUUUUGAUAAAACGUGUCUGUACAUUCCAAUAAAUGUAAAGUGUAACAUGUAUCUCGCGUGUUAAUAGGUCGAUUUGCAUUUUAUUAUUAUUAUUAUCAUUAUAACGUAUAGCUUUUAUAUACAAAUUUUAUCUUAGAAGAUUGUAGGAUAGAUAAAUUAUAUUUAACGUAAAAAGAAAAUGCAAUAAUUUAAGGGAUACAUUGUUGAAAAGAAAAAAUUAUUGUUACAAAUCUCGUAUUGUGAGUGUACAUAUGAAAAAGUAUAUGGCAUCUUUUUAAAAACGAAAACGUUCUAUCGCGAUAAAUGGAAAAUAUGUGUUUGUUCGUUUCUUUUUUAAUUAUAAGUAUGCCCAAGGCAAAACUAAAUAUAGUUUUUAUAAUUGUUUCCAUAAAUGGUGAAAGACAGAUAAAAAAAUGACUACUAGUUUUAAAUAUUAUUUUUCAAGGAUAUAUAUAAUAUGUAGAGACGAGUAUUUACAUAGAAUAAUAUACAUUGUGUUAAUUAUUUCGUUCUUAACGAUUCAAAUACGAAUCGUCCAUGCAAAAAGGCCUCGUAUGAAUGUCUACAGACACCAUUUAAGAAUUGUACCAUUCCGUGCGAACGAAUUUAUAUUAAACUAUACUUGCCUCAAAACAUUUGUAUAUAAAUUAUAAACUAAUCCGAUGGUGUAUUAUUUAUUAUUCUAACAUAUUAUUAAUUGUUCUCUCUUGUAUCUUUCUCAUUGAAAUAUAUAUUACAAAUA